GGGGGCGGCGGCGGCGGCCCGGGGGGCGCGCUCACCAGGCGCGCGGUGACGCUGCGGGUGCUCCUCAAGGACGCGCUGCUGGAGCCCGGCGCCGGGGUGCUGUCCAUCUACUACCUGGGGAAGAAGUUCCUGGGGGACCUGCAGCCGGAUGGGAGGAUCGUGUGGCAGGAGACAGGGCAGGUGUUCAACUCACCCAGCGCCUGGGCCACCCACUGCAAGAAGCUGGUGAACCCGGCCAAGAAGUCCGGCUGCGGCUGGGCCUCCGUCAAGUACAAAGGCCAGAAGCUGGACAAGUACAAGGCUGCCUGGCUCCGGCGACACCAGCUCCACGUGCCCACAGCCACUGCUGAUGAGAGCCCGGCCAGCGAAGGGGAGGAGGAGGAGCUGCUGAUGGAGGAAGACGAGGAGGAGGUCCUGGCAGGGGUCUCAGCGGAGGACAAGAGUCGGAGACCCCCGGCGGCGAAGGGCCCCUCUGAGCCUGCGCACUCGGAGGCCGCGCCCCCCGGGAAGCGGGCGGAAAACAAGACCCGGGUACCCGUUCGCUACUGCAUGCUGGGCAGCCGCGACUCCGCCAGAAACCCCCACACCCUGGUGGAAGUGACAUCCUUCGCGGCCAUCAACAAGUUCCAGCCGUUCAACGUGGCCGUCUCCAGCAACGUGCUGUUCCUGUUGGACUUCCACAGCCACUUGACUCGCAGCGAGGUCGUGGGGUACCUCGGGGGCCGCUGGGACAUCAACAGCCAGAUGCUCACGGUGCUGAGAGCCUUCCCCUGUCGCAGCCGCCUGGGGGACGCGGAUACGGCGGCCACCAUCGAAGAGGAGAUCUACCAGAGCCUGCUCCUGCGGGGCCUGUCCCUGGUGGGCUGGUACCACAGCCACCCGCACAGCCCGGCGCUGCCGUCGCUGCAGGACAUCGACGCGCAGAUGGACUACCAGCUGCGGCUGCAGGGCUCCAGCAACGGCUUCCAGCCCUGCCUCGCCCUGCUCUGCUCCCCGUACUACUCGGGCAACCCGGGCCCGGAGUCCAAGAUCUCGCCCUUCUGGGUGAUGCCGCCCCCUGAGCAAAGGCCUAGUGACUACGGCAUCCCCAUGGACGUGGAGAUGGCCUACGUCCAGGACAGCUUCCUGACUAAUGACAUCCUCCAUGAGAUGAUGCUGCUGGUGGAGUUUUACAAGGGCGCCCCCGACCUCGUGAGGUUCCAGGAGCCCUGGACCCAGGAGCACACCUACCUCGACAAGCUCAAGAUGUCCCUGGCCAGCAGGACGCCCAAGGACCAGGGCCUGUGCCACGUGCUGGAGCAGGUCUGCAGCGUCCUCAAGCAAGGGAGCUGAGGGCACCGGCCUCCCACGACCCGGGGGCCAGACUCUGGGCCUCCCGCCCCCUCCUGGCGCCCGGCGGCUCUGGGCAAGGGGAUCGGGUCUGGGGGCUUUGUGUGGCUCUAAGCUGCCCUCCCGCGUGCCUGUGUGAUGGCAGGGGCUCGGACAAUAAAGGCAAGAAGCAAACAGCC